GGUCAGUUACGAACUCGGAUUGCAUCGAGAUAAGACGAACAGCGUCUCCGGACAGUAGCAUUGUAACAUCAUGAAACACUCCUUUGUAUCUCUAUUAUUAGUGGCCUUUUUGUUUCAAUUCCAAAUAUCAGCCAUAAGUCAAAAUGCAGUAUCGUUUAGGAUUUUACAAGUGAAAUCUUACUACUUUCAAUUCACUUUUAAGCUAAACUGGCACAAGGCGGCUGCGUUUUGCAGGUCCCAAGGUUUGUUCCUAGUGUCGAUCAACAACCAAGCGCAACUCGACGGAAUCAUUGACUACAUAAAGAAUAGUGGAUUUUUCCGCACCGAGAAGAAUCUUCAAAUGUGGACAUCGGGCAAUGAUCUGGGAGAGCAUAAUCAAUUCAUCUGGACAUCGACGGGCGAACGGAUAGUAUUAGAUCGGUGGUCAGUGGAUGAGCCUAACCAUUGGGUGGUGGAGAAUUGUAUAGUAGAGCACUGUGUAGUACUUCAGCACUAUGGACCUCCAGUGUCUGGUGGAGCUAACUAUUCGCUGGACGAUCGGGCUUGCCAGUGGGAGUACUUUUUCAUGUGCGAAUCGUUGGAAGGUUAG